UUGGCGUCUUCCAAGUCUUGUAGCUGAGCCAUAAGUCUGUCCAGCUGCUCCUCCAGAUUGUGCUUCAGCUUGUCCGUCUCUGUCUUGCCCCUCGACGCCAUGUCUUCCUCUCUUCUUUCGCUUGUUCGUUCUGCUUUUUGCUCGCUCGCUCGCUGGUUUUCUCCACCUCCUCGCACCUACGCGCAUGCGCACUUCACUUCCACCGAAGUUACGUAACCGAGCUGCGUUGGGUGUGUGUGCGCACCUUUACGCAGUUUGGUGCGCAAAACGGACGUGCUCUGUCUCUGGCUAGCUCACUUGUGUGCUGUGGUGGUGUGGGCUCUCCCUAGUCCCUUGAAGCCCCCUGCAUGCUUUUCGCAAGCCGCCUACAUCGCAGAGUUGGAACAUCGAUCCGAGCAGGGCACAACGCAACCGGGCUUCUUGCGUACGGUGGUCGCGCGGAGACGCUAUUGCGGACGUGUACGGGAUCUAGAAGAGCCUCAAGAACUUCUACUGCAGCCGACAUGGCGACAGGAGGCGGGAAAGACGUGGACAUCGUCCGGAGGAUUGGAAAAAACGUCGUGCAGGACGUCAAAACGAAAGAGAAUGUUCCACUGGAGUCUCUAUGGGAAGACAGUACGACUAUCGUCAUGUUUCUGCGGCGAUUUGGGUGACAGUUGUGUCGGCUCGGAGCCGUGCGAAUCAGCACUCUCCGGCCGACGUUGGACGCAAACGGUGUAAAGCUCGUGGGUGUGGGUUUGGAGCAGCUCGGGGCAGAGGAGUUUGUGAAACAGCGGUUCUUGGAUGGCGAAGUGUAUGUAGACGAAAAGAAAAAGACUUACGAAGAUCUUGGCUACAAGAGAUUCAACUGGCUCAACAUCUGGAAGGCUCUUCUUAGUGCCAUAUCAAGAAAAGCAGUCAGCAAUGCUAAAGCCGAGAAUAUCUCGGGAAAUUUAUCUGGCGACGGGCUACAAAAUGGCGGGCUCCUCAUCGUAACCAAGGGAGGCGAGCAGGUGCUUCUUAAUCAUCGCGAGGAAACCCCUGGUGAUCACGUCGCUAACGCAGUCAUCCUGGAAGCACUUGGGCUCAAGCAGGAGAAUGCCAGCAAAAGCCCAGCCGGUGAAGGGCCUCAAGAGCGCACCACCAUUUGCGUCGAUGACGCCACGCCAGCCAGUGAAGUGCCCGAACAAGAGUGCACCACAACCUGCGCUAUUGAGAGCAAGAAAUAAAAAUUUUAACUCAAAAUUUUAAAUUCAUUGUAGUGUAUAUAGCGGAUUCAAAAAUUUGUCUGUCUGUCCAGAUUUUUUGGGUUCUGUAUCAUCAAAAUUAUAUUCUGUGUCUUGCUGUGCUUUGAAGCUCCUCCCCCAAACCCCAAUCCACGGGGUGGGGAAGAGCAGAUGUGUAUCACAUGCAAGUCACAUGACCACAAAUAUGAUUAUGUAACCAAUACAAAAUUAAAUUCCCUGUACAUAAUAAUAUGAAACGCCACAUUUUUGAUUAUUGAAAUACAUAUUACACAACAAAUCAUAACACUAGUCCAGUCAUUAUGAGACGGUGACAUAAUACAAUAACAAUUUUUGCUAAUGACUUGUGCCUAUAAACAAUGCCAGGGCCCAAAAAGCUAUUAUUUAGAAUGCCCUUAUUUGGUCAUUGCCUUUGUGGCAAUGGCUACCUCUUCGGUGCAGGCUUUGAGGACUGUGACCAUAAACGUCUCGUCGGCAUCAAAUCUGUCCUGAAUCUCCUUUCCCAGGUCACCCUCUGGGAGACGUAUAUCGGCCCUCUGGUCUCCGCCAUCAUCCAUGAGGGACAGGAAACCUUCUUCGAUAUUCACCAACUGAUAAUCGAUGCGUUUUACGUGAGGUACGUUCAUAUUGUGAGUCGAUGGGCAGAUAUCCUCGUACUUUUUCCCCGUGAAUAUAUCCAGUGCAACCAAGGAGACCUUGGCGUGCCCGUGUUUCCCCGUCUUGGAGGUCGACAUUUCCACGAUCUUGCAUGGGCGAGUCUUAAUCAUGACGAAACCGUUUUUACGCAGACUGGAGCAUUGGGCGGGGUAUGUUUCUGACGCACCAGCCGAAGCCGUCGUAA